UUUGCAAAACAUGAUACGGCUGGAAACAAGGGGGUGUUUUCUAAACAGUUUAUAUCGAUUAUCGUUAUACUUAUAACACACUUAAUUGACUUUCUGAAGGUGUCUAUCAAUAUUUAAUUUGUUUUGUUUCUACAAAUACUCCAAAUGUAAUGAGGCACCAGACAAUUUAGUCUUACCUAGAAGUUUGAAUUAUUUCACGUUAAUCCCUUACAAGGAAUAGCAUAAACGAACUGAUAAUGAAAUCUGCAUAUACAGAGUUUACUAUUUUAAUGUUCUUAUUUUCGUUGUCCAAAAUUCCUGCUGCCCCAUUGCUUUCUCAAGAUACUUUCACGUACAUUGGGAAUAGUUUUUACAGUAACACGAGUCACGUGAGGACGGAGCUGUCCGCCCCGCUUCUAGGAGAUAUUGUGGGAUUCUGCUCCCGAAAUUGCUUCCGUGACCUAGCGUGUUAUGGAUUCGAACUGUGUACCCUGUCAGGUGGAAAUGAGAUAUGCCGCUUGACCAAUGGAGUUGCGAUGGGAUCUUUUGAUUUUACAGCCGGUGAAAUCUGCAAGCAUUAUUACAUGAAUCAUGCCUGUGGAACUGGAAUGGUGCCCAAUAAACUGACCGGCGUGUGUCAGGCCUUAAAUGUACAGGGGCAUGUAGCAGGGAUUUAUUCAGGAUGUUCUGACUGCGCAUGUGUCGCUCUGUCAUCGAGUGUAAGCGGGAUGUACUCGAUAACUCUAGACGGAGGCCUAGUGGACGUUCAGUGCGUUAUGAAGAAUGGAUAUGCAUACACGGUAAUUAUGGACAGGAAUGACGGAAGCGUGGAUUUCUACAGGACGUAUUCUGACUAUGAGGUCGGAUUCGGCAGUCCAUCAACAGAAACCUGGAUAGGAAACAAGUACAUUCAUUUGCUGACUACUGGAGGUAACACCGUGCUAAGAUUUGAAUUUGAAGAUUUCUCCUCGAACACUCGCUAUGCCGAGUACAGUAGUUUUAAUGUCCAGUCAGCCACAACCAAUUAUCUGAUGACUGUGUCCGGUUACACUGGCAAUGCAGGUGACAGUAUGACAUAUCACAAUAACGCCCCGUUCUCUGCCAAAGAUGUCGAUCAUGACACGAAUGCCGGAAAUUGCGCGGUGGAUUAUAAAACAGCCUGGUGGAACCUGAGUUGCCUGCGCACGAAAUUGACGGCGACCUACGGCUCCAGUGGAACCAACGUCAUGGGGUGGCAUGGUUGGGAAAGUUACAAGCCUUUAAAAGUGGUGAAAAUGCUACUUCGACACCCCUAAAAGUGUUUUGGAAGAAAACCGUAGCUCGCAGGCCCAAAUAUGUUUCUGUUUCUUCCGUCCUUCUCAAUCUACCUGGAGAAAUGCCCCAACUCAAAAUAAUUCAUUGUUACCUCUCAAAAAAAAAAAAAAAUUAGUUUACGAUUCGACGCCCCAAUUUCCUAGAAUAUUCAUUGAACUGAUAUAAUGUGGGGGUUUUUUUAUUGAAAGCUUAACAUGUAUAAAGAUAGAGGUGUACAUGUGCUCGAUGAAUAUUUAUUUUUUUUAUUAUUAUUAUUAUUAUUUUUCAACAUUCUGUACAUAGUUCAUGGUAUAUCUUCAUAAUAUAUACAUAUAAUAUAGAAUUGCAGAAGUGUUUAUUUCUUUUAGAGAGAGAGAGAGAAAGAAA